CGCGAUGUCUUUCCUUCAUCUGUCUCCUAUAGUAGCAUUACUCCUAUGCGUGACAUCGAGCACCGCAUCCAGCUCGAACCGAACUACCGUGUCCAGCAUCGAGCCCCAUACCGCAUCUCGGUCCCUGAAGCCCGGGAACUUAAACGCCAGAUCGACGAGCUGCUUCGUCAGGGCUUCAUUAAACCGAGCACGUCACCGUGGAGCGCACAAGUCCUCUUCGAUCGAAAGAAGGACGGCGCCCUCCGCCUCUGUCUCGAUUACUGCGGCCUCAACCAGUAUACGGUCAGAAACAGUUAUCCCAUGCCCCGCGCAUAUGACCUGUUCGACCGCCUUGCUGGCCACCAUUUUUUUACGAAGAUUGAUCUUCGCAGCGGAUACCACCAGAUUCGCGUGGCCAAGGAGGACCAGCACAAGACCGCGUUUCGCUCUCGAUUUGGACACUACGAGUUCACUGUCAUGCCUUUCGGCCUCCGUAACGGUCCUGCCACCUUCCAGAUGGCUAUGAACACGAUGUUCCAGGACCUUCUCGAGGACUUUGUUCUAGUCUACAGUGAUGACAUCCUGAUCUACAGCCGUACCUUAGAGGAGCAUAUGACCCACCUCCGCACUGUACGAUUACGCGACCACGGAUUCUAUGCGAAGCUCUCCAAAUGCGCCUUCGCUCAAUCCAAGGUCGUCUUUCUAGGACAUCAGGUCUCCGAGCAUGGACUCCACAUGGACGACUCGAAGAUCCAGGCUAUCGUCGAUUGGCCUACACCUACUUCUCUUCCUGCGCUACGUAGUUUCCUGGGGUUGACCAACUACUACGGUCAUUUACGGUCAUUUUCUUAAAACCUACGCGCAGUACUCUUCACAACUGACUCCUCUGACCCACGGACGUCUACCCUUCCAUUGGACCCCGGCUCAUGAGGAUGCCUUUCGCUCUCUGAAGCGACUUGUCACGCCAGCCCCUGUCCUACACCUACCCGACUACUCCCGCCCAUUCAUCGUCACCACCGACGCGUCCGACUUUGCCAAAGGAGCUGUACUCUCCCAGAUUUACCCAACCCCUUCCACUUCUCCACAGCCCCACAGAGUCU